CCCGGCAGGCCCGCGGUUCGGGAGCUGCUGAGGCCGCGGGCCGGGGCUCCGCUGUCCUGCCGCGGCCUGGCCGGCCUGGAGGGCCGCUCCCAGGCCGCCCUGCACCGCAACGCCUGCCUCAGGAAAACCUUCGCCAGCAGCUUCGCCGCCCUGAGGAAGAGGUCGGUGUGUGCCCAGAUCAAGCUGCAGGCGGAUGCCUUCACCAACCUUCUCCGACGGUCCCAGCUGCACUUUGUCCACUGCCUCCUGCCAGGGAUGGGCCAGGAAGGGCCAGUUCCUCGGCCCCCGGCGCCGCCGGACGCAGCCCCACAGCUGGAUGUGGUGGCCCUGAGGACACAGCUGGAGGGGAUCCAGCUCCUGGAUGCCCUGCGCCUCCACCGUGUUGGGUACUCGGAUCGACUGCUCCUCACCCAGUUCCGCAGACGCUUCCAGGUGCUGGCUCCGGAGGUGAUGAAGAGGCACAGCUCUGCCUACGAGGUGCCAGAUGAGAGCAAGGCUAUCGAGGAGCUGUUCCAGGCGCUGGAUCUGGAGAAGAAGAGCAUUGCCAUAGGACGCACCCAGGUGUUCCUGAAGCCGGGGGUCAUGGCCAGGCUGGAGAAGCAGCGGGACAAGCUGAUAGCCCAGAAGAUGACUCUGCUCCAAGCUGCCUGCAAGGGCUUCCUCAGCCGACAAAAGUUCAAGAGAUUGAAGAUCCAGCGCCUCGCCAUCCGCUGCAUCCAGAAGAACCUGCAGGUGUUCCAGACAGUCAGGCACUGGCCCUGGUGGCAGCUGCUGAGCCACGUGCGGCCCCUGCUCAGCGUUAACCUCGCCGAGGAGCAGCUCCGUGCUAAGGAA